AUGGCUCUUCAUAGGCGUGAGGUUUCCCCACGCGUCAGUGGUGGUUCAGCCCGUCCUUCUGAUAAGGAGAGAGCCGCCUCCCAUACCGAAAUCACCGACGACCUCACAGCCGAGGAUCGCACCUUCCUCGACAAUUUCACCGAGGAGCAGAGGAAGAAGGUCCUCUGGAAGCUUGAUAUACGCCUUAUUCCAAUGCUCGCGACCCUCUACCUGAUUGCUUUUCUCGACCGUGCUAACAUUGGAAAUGCUAAGAUUGAGGGCAUGGCGGAAGAUCUCAACCUGACAGGCAAGGAAUACAACAUUGCGCUUUCUAUCUUCUUCGUUCCCUAUAUCCUUUUCGGAGGAUUGAUUGCAUGCCGCGUAUUCCUUGGCAUCUUUGAGUCGGGGUUCUUCCCCGGUGCCGUAUUUACCAUCUCGAGAUGGUACCUUCCCCACGAAGCACAGGUCCGAAUCGCCUUAUUCUACUCAGCCAGCGCUAUGGCGGGCGCAUUCUCCGGCCUCCUAGCCUUUGCCAUCGCCAAAUUAGAUGGAGUCGCCGGAAUCGCUGGUUGGCGAUGGAUCUUCAUUCUCGAGGGCAUCGUGUCCGUGGUAGGCGGCCUAACCACAUUUUUCCUCCUCGUUGACACGCCCGCACUUUCUAGUCGGUGGCUCUCAGAGGACGAACGAAAAUACCUCGAGAUUCGCCAGCUCGCUGUUCAAGGAAACACCAUGCGCGUCAGAGAAGCGGAGAAAUCUCGAAAGUGGCAGAUAUUGCGCUCCGUAUUUCUCGACUGGCAACUUUACCUCCAGGCGCUCGUAUAUUGGUCAAACACUGUGCCCAAUUACGGUAUGAAAUUCACGAUGCCUCAAAUUAUCAAGAACAUGGGUUAUAGCAACAGCGACGCCCAACUACUUACCAUUCCACCAUAUUUCAAGUGGAGGAUGCCAUUUAUAGUAGGUGCCCAGCUACUUGUCGUCAUCUCCUUUGCAAUCCUAUUUGCGAAGGCGGACAAGAUCAAGGAUAACAUUGCUCUCUGCUACUUUGCCAUCUUCCUCGCCAGUGUUGGCUUCUACCCCAUUAAUCCGGGUGGAAACGCAUGGACAGUCAAUAACCUAGCAGGUCCAACUAAGCGAGCUCAAGGAAUAGCCUACAUGAUCUGUAUGGGAAGCGUCGGUGGGAUUAUUGGCAGCUACAUAUACAUUGAGGAUGAAAAGCCCAAGUACCCCACGGGAUUUGGCGCGUCUUUUGCAUUCGCGGGACUUGGCGUAGUGGCCUGCCUUGUCCUUGAAUUUCUGUUCUGGAGAAUCAACAAGGCGAGAGACCAGCUUUCAGAAGAACAAGUUAGGGCUAAAUAUAGCCAGGAGGAGCUGGAGAAACUAGGUGAUAGGUCACCACUUUUCCGCUAUACGCUGUAA